ACCAUCAGAGAGCCGGAAGUGUCCGUGUGGCUCAAAGUGGUAGAGCAAUACUAGUCUUGAGUUGAAGAGCUCAGGGACAGUGCCCAGGCCCAGAGUUCAAGCCCUACGACUCAUCAAAGAGUACAAAAAUAAUUUAGCCUUCCCAACAGUGUGAAUACAGUCAACAUCACUGGAGAGUACAAUUAAAAAUGACCAAAAUGAUAAAAAAAAAAAGUUUGCAUUUUCGUUGCCCAGAGGAGGUAGAGAUAGACAAAUCAAGGCUAUUGUUUUCAGCAUGUCCUUUUAGGAAAACAAAAGCAAUUGCCUAUUCUUGCUAGCAUUACAGAGUGUAGCUACUAAGCAGCAAGGCCAGGACACAAACCUGCAGUCUCGCUUUGCACAUGCUCUCCUUACAUCCUGUACACUGAGAGUUGCUGCAGAAGCAUCAUAGAUGCUCUUCCGGUUUCUUGCUGAAGGCGGAGCCAGCAACUCACUCGACCCCUCAAAUCCCAUUCUUUGCCAAAAUUCAACAUGCAGGUUUCUCAACUUAUUCCACUCUGUUGAUGGCCCGAGCGCACUUGGGGAAAUGUAGAAUGAGGAUGGGGCGUGGGUUGGUCGGUUUUCCACUCAGUAAGCACCUGUUGAGUCGGUGAUGGGGUCGGGUGUCCUGGGAGCCCCACUCGGCGACGUGAUUGAGGUGAGUAGGGUCAAGGAAGAGGUCAACCCGCGGCCAGGCGCUCUAGCUCCCCCUGAGUCUCCCCUCAGCAAAGGACUUCCAACUGGAGAGGGACAGGGCCACUAGCAAGUGGAGGACUUGCUUUCAACUCCCCAAAUUCCCUUAGCUACAGGGCAGAACGUCAGAGGCGAAGACCGCCCACUGCGCACGCUCCUUGUCUGAGUUACUAGACUACAAUUCCCAUCGUGGCCCGCGACUUUGACAGCCCGUACAACCAAUGAGCAGGGGAGAAUAGUGCAGAGAAGCCAAUCCCUUGGGGUCUGGGGCGGGCUCUCACACGGGUGGCUCCUCCCCACAGUGGGCGUUUUCGUGGCUAGCGGUCCGGCCCCGCCCCUGGCCACCACUCCUGAGUUCCGGGUCCCGGGCCUCGGAGAGGUGAGUGGGCCGCAGGUGGGCACGGGUCCCUCCACUGCUCGGGACUGUCGUGCUGUGGGCGUCAGCCCUCGGUCGUACCUGGCCUCACUGCCGAGCUGCGCCUCCGUCCCGUCAGGUCUUGUCAGGCCCAGGCCGACUGGGCCUGUGGCGCCUCCAGCACCGCGCACUCACGACCCCCGGUCUGUGCCUUGGCCUGCCGCGGCUCCGAGCUUUCGCUCUGGGCUGGGAGCUCGGGGUCGCUGUCAGCCCGAGGAGUUGGUGCCAGCAACCUGUAAGACAGCUGCAACUUUUCCUGGGUAUUCUUCUGCCGUCCCGUUAGAUCGUUCUGCUCUUUUCUUAUGAGACCCUGGGCGCUUGGUACCGAAAUAAAAGAAGUAUUUUCCUGGUGACCUGUCUUGACUUUUCUCCUUCGGAAGACAGUUUAAAGGACUGACAGACUCUUUCCAAUCCGAGGGUCGGUGCUGUCUUCAGAGUUUGGGUAAUGGCUGGCAAAUAAGAAGGCCCGUUCUCUGCAUCCAUCCUCUGAGGAACUUCAUUACUGUCGUCUUUUUAGCAUUCGGAGAUACUUUUACAGGGCCAUGAUCUCAAAGGCUUGACCAGUCUACAAGGAGAGAGUAGUUUUUCCUGACAACCUUCUCCCCCCGCCCCCCACACACACAGAAAAAUGGCAGCUAAAAUGGAAAUAACUUUGAGCUCCAACACUCAGGCUUCCUCCAAGCAAGAGCGACACAUCAUAACAAAGCUAGAAGACAAGCCGGUGCCUAGUCAGCAAAAAAUCUACCUGGAUCCUGAGCUCUCCCGCCAGAGCUUCCGACGGUUCCGUUAUCAAGAGGUGUCUGGACCCCAAGAGGCACUUUCCCAGCUGCGACAGCUCUGUCGGCAGUGGCUCCAGCCAGAGCUGAACACCAAGGAACAGAUUUUGGAGCUCCUGGUGAUGGAGCAGUUCCUAAUCAUCUUGCCCCCUGAGAUCCAGGCUCGGGUCCGGCAUCGAUGUCCAGAAAGCAGCAAGGAGAUCGUGACCCUGGUGGAGGAUUUUAACAGAGCAUCCAAAAAACCAAAACAGUGGGUGGCUGUCUGUGUUCAGGGGCAGAAGAUGCUCUUGGAAAGAACUGGAGCUCAGCUUGGUGAUCAGGAACUGCCAGAAUUUCAACCACAAAUUCCUACAAGAGAUCUCAAGGAGAGCUUUCCAGAGGAUUCUUCCCAGGAAGUAUCUCAUGACAUGCCUAGCCCCCAUCAUUGGGAGAAAUCCUCAGUCCUCCAAGAGCCAGCCCUCAAACCAACUGGGACAGAGGACUCUGGGAUGAAAAGUGACAACAAGGAGAACCCACAACCAGAGGGGGCUAAAGGAACGAAGCCAGGCGCAGUGUCAGCCAGCAGAUCCAAAGGGAAUAGUGUGCAGAGCCCGGAACCAAGAGGGGCAAACCUGAGUGAAGCCCACUUGUCUGGGAGGCAGGUCAGUCCCUCGAAUGCUCAGAAGCCAUUUGCUCCCUACAAGCGACAUCGCAGGGAACUGGAAUACAGCAACCCCAUCAAAAGCCACCCACUGAGGGAGCUGAAGAAAAGCAAAGGAGGCAGAAGAACCCUGAGUAGCCGUUUGCAGCGUCUCACUCACCAGCCAACCUACACGCCGAAAAAACCUUACAAAUGUGACGACUGUGGGAAAAGCUUCACGUGGAAUUCAGAGCUGAAACGACACAAGAGAGUGCACACAGGAGAGAGGCCCUACACCUGCGGGGAGUGUGGGAACUGCUUCGGGCGGCAGUCAACCCUGAAACUACACCAGAGGAUCCACACCGGGGAGAAGCCUUACCAAUGUGGCCAGUGUGGGAAAAGCUUUCGCCAAAGCUCAAACCUCCACCAGCACCACAGGCUCCACCACAGGGACUGAAAGGCAUUAUCGCUUCAGGUCCCAGGGGAGGCCUUGAGCUGAGGUCGCUCCUUCCCCUCGCUUGCAUGUAAAUCACAGUCAGUCAGUGUGACUUACCAAGAGAGAGCAAGUGGCCCUCAGGGUGUGGUGUGAUGUGAAGAAUUGAGAAGAGGCUGCGGUGACCUGGCCAUGUCUGUGCCUGCGUGGUGACUGGGUGGAGAUGCCAGCUCUGGAGUUGGGAUAGAGAACUAGUCUCUGCUGAGUGAUGAGUGAACUCGGGAGAAUUAGGAUGACUCUGCAGGUGGCCUCUCCUCCCUCGUGCUUUAUUUAUCCUCUAAAGUAGGUUAAAGGGUAAAUUUCAAGCAAUUUUACAUUUGCUGUCAUUCCAGACAAUUAUUUUCAUUUGUUCACCUGAGCAGCUCACCUAUCCCAAAGCAGUGUUCAUCAGGAAAUAAAUCCCCUCUGUUAUUCCUCACAGUUCUUAUCAAAGAACAAAUUAAGUGAGACUAUACAUGUUUGUGUGAAGAGAGAAUUUCCAAGCAGGUAGGUGGUGCCUUUAGAAAAUAUAAAGCUUGCAUUUGAGGAUUUUUAGUAGCAAAGCAUCUUGAAGUUAGAGAAAGAAAAUCCACACAGCAGCUGCAACUGCAGACCCGAGAGUCAAGGAGACCCAAGUAGUGGACAAAUACUACUGUGGAGAUGUAAGGGGAAUUCUGCCUGUUCUUUUUCAUGUGAGCCAUUUAGAGUUAAGAAUAAAAUGGCUGGAGUGAUAACAGUGUUUAAAAUUGGAUUGCAGUAGUGGUUGCACAACCCAGUGACUUUAUAAAAAGUCAUUGAAAUGGGUUAAUUUUAUGAUAUAUAAAUCAUACCUCAAUAGCCAUGUUUAAAAUGACAAAGUAUAUUUAUAUAAAAUGUUACUUGUGGAAAUAAGCCCGAGAAACCCUCUAAUCCCACCCUUUGUUUCCUAAAGUAGAAGGAAGUCUAAUCAGUGUGUAAUUCCAGCUUCAGGCCAGAUACCUCAGGGCUGCGGCCUGUGCUCUUCUGCCCCUUCUGCUGAGGGACAGCUAUACACCAUUAGUAUUUCUGGGGGGUGAGGGAGCUUUAUAUACUGUUCCCUUUGCCUUUCAUUUCUGCCACUCCCACUCUAUCCUUCCUGUAUGUCAAGAGAUGCCUGCAGCCUGGCAUGGUGACACACAUCUGUAAUGCCAACUACUUAGUAGGCAGAGAAUCACUGGGUGAUGCUGGCCUCAGAUCAAAAAGCAUGAAAUCCAAUCUGAAAAAUUACUGAAAAGAAGGUUGAGGGCGUAGCUCAAAUGAGUGCAGUGCCUGAGCUCAAACCCUAGUACAACCAAAACAAGCACACACACCCAUACCCACCCACAGAACCCCAAGGAGACUCAGCAGCAAACUUGGGUGAGACACCCCCACAUACACACACUAGAUUCCUAGGGGUGCUCAGAUUGGCAGCAGUCUUGCCUCCUAAGGGGUAUUUGACUAUUCCUAGUUACAUUUUGUACUUGCUGACUCCAGGAAGAGAGGGUUGUUCCUAGACUCUAGUAGCUGGGGCCCAGGAUCCUGCUGAGUGACCUCCAGUGCACAGGAUAGCACCACAGUCAUCUUCCCAGCAAGUCGGUGGUGCUCUCAUUCUCUUUCAAGACCAGUACCUUGUGUACCAUUAUUUUAGCUUGGGGAUUUAGCCCACAGCCAGCCAAGACAAAGUAACUGAAUGGCUGAGGCUCUUGCCAUCAGAGCCAACCUCUGCCUGACUGCGUAAGACACAGUGAUGCGACAGUAGAAUGCACGGACCGAAUCUCUGCCUUUAGUCAGUGUCAAACUGAAAGGCCAGUGGCCUUCCUCCUAGCUUCUGGCAGCCCUAGAGGCUCCUAGAAAGGCUCCUUCACACCUACUGUGUUAAAUCGUGGAGGAAUUUAAUCUUCUGCCUGCCCCAUGUCUUGUCUUACAGCCAUCCUGGCCAGGGCCUGCAUUGCUCAUUCUACCUGCCUUGUCCUAUCCACUCCCAUACUCCAGGCCUAUUUCACUGUUGUCUUUUAAUUACUUCCAAGUCUUAAUCAUGUCUGUGGUUAGUUUCCGUUGUUGCAAAACUUGGUGGCUUAAUAUAUAACACAAACAUCCUUUAUGGUUCUGGAAGUUAGAAAUGUGAAUCCCUUUCAUUCAGCCCAAUCAAGCUAUGGGCAAAGCUGGUCCCUCCUAGAGGCUCUGAGAGGUGACCUGCUCCCUUGUUUUUCAGCAGGUGGCCACCUGCAUCCUUUGGCUUGAAGCCCCUUUGUCCAUCUUCUAAGUUCAUCCUUCACCUGCCAUCAUAUCACCUUCUCUGGCCCUUGCUUUCCUCUUAGAGGACUGUUAGGAUUAGAUUGUGGCCACUGGGAUAAUGUCCCCACCUCAAGAUCCUAAACACAGGCCAAAACCCUUUUGCCAUAUAAGGUAACAUUUGCAGGCUCCAGAGAUUAGGAUGUAAAGGAAUAUGGGGGAGAGCAUAAUUCACCCCCCCCCCCAUACCUGUCAACUCUGAGUAACAGAGGAUCUGGAGAAAAACAAGGACCACAGAGUCCCACUUUUCUUAUAGGGUUGGCCUGGGGAUUUGUCCUUAAAUGAGAAUUUUUGCUGCUAAGUGUGUUUCAUAGAACCAAUGCGUGUAAUUCUUCUUCAGAUUACAGAUCAGAAGUUGUCUAAGUGUUUUUGUGUACCUGUUCAAUUGUGGACCUUGAAUAAAUGUGGCAAAAUCA